AUGACGAAUACAGUUCCUCUCGACAUCGAACAUGUUCGUACAGUAUUUCCAUCAUUUCAUAUUGAACGAAUUGAUAAGAAUGAUCAACGAGGCUAUUUUACAUUUAAAGGAGAAAUGUCAGGUGAUAAUCAGAAACAUGCUGAUAGAUGGGAUACAUUAAGCAAAGUUAUUCGAUCGGAUAUGGUAGGUGGUCCGAUUACUCUCUUUAAUCUUACUCAAUGA